AUGGCCAGUGAUGGCGGUGGCUCUGCGCAUGAUCUGGUGGUCACCACCUGGGUGAUGUACAGCAUCGCAAUGCUGUUGUUUGUCGUGCGAUUAUUACCUUAUGUUUGCGGCUGUGCAUUUGCCGUCACCAACAUCAAGAUUGCGGAGGGAGGAGGAAGCAAUCUAUACAAGCCUGGAGAAUAUGCAACAUUCACCGCCGCUGAGAUCGCUGCCAGGGUCAAAGGAUCCAAGAUCGAGUUUGCUUCGGAAAAUUGCCAGCUCUGCACGAUCUACUUACUGAAGGCUUGUAUGCUGAUGGUCUACUUCCGACUCACGCCUUACUUGUCGGGCUACUGGACCCUACCUCCUCCGAACGAAAUCUGCUCGACUUACCGUAUUUACGAAGCUGUGCAAGCAGCUAUGAACAUCAGUUCCGACGUCGCGAUUCUUUGUGUCAUGCUUCCGAUGUUUGCCCGCGCGCAGAUGGCGUGGAAGACUAAGCUGCCGGUCAUCGUUGUCUUCUCAAUGGGCAUCGUCGUGCUUGCCUGUGCUAUCACUUCCAAAUAUUUCACCUUUCGGGAUAUCUACGACACCAGCUAUCAGUUCUGGUACCUGCGAGAGGCCUCCAUCGGCAUGUACGUCACGAACCUGCCUUUCGUCUGGUCUCUGGCGAGAUCGACAAUCUCCUUCCUCAAGUCGAGCAACUAUGUCGGUCAAGGCAACUACAACGACCCGAGAUACGGGACAAAUCCACAUACCAACGAGACUCGUUCCAGACCAGGAAACGGCACGCGUUCCACGCGACAUUUUGCGAGCAUUUACGAGUCCCGUGCGGUCCGUACAGAGAUACUAUCACCGUCGGAGAGCGAGGAGAAUAUCAUUGAGAUGGGUGGGAUGGGCCGAAGCGUGACCCAAUCGGCCGGGUCAUCGCAGGAGAGUGGGAAUCGUGGAUGGCCCCAAUCGGACGGCCAUGAUGACCAGUUCAUCCGGAAAACCACGGAGAUAGUCAUUCAGAAGAACUGA